UAAAAAUCCACUUUGCCUGGUUACCACAUAACAUUUUUUUUUUACUCGGCACGUCAUCAUGGAAUAAACGUCAAUACCCACACACACACCGGCAUACGUAUGCAAAAGCAGAACAAUACCCGUACAGUACAGAGCCUGCGAGCCGCCACUGCGAACGUGACGCCUGGCCUGACCAUCAACACGCGACGCGAGUCCAAGUAGAAGAAGCUUCCUGCGCUGCGCCCGCGCGCCGAGCCGCUGACCCGAGCGAGUCCGGCGACCAGCCCUUUCCCCGCCGCGUAACCUUUGCCCGCCGAAACCCCCGAACCGACGCGAACGUAGUACGCGCACGAGGAGCUUGGUGACCGCGCUCCCGCUGCGACAACACGAGCUCCGCCUCCGCUGCAUAAAACCCCAGCCGCCACCGCGCGCCCAGCGCUCACAAACCCACCAGUCGCGACGCCAGACCCAACUCCUCUCCCUCUUUUCCUCUCUCUCCUUUCCCAAAUGAAGCGGCCGCAACCGCAACAGGCUGCGGCAUCGGCUGCGGAGCAGACCAUGGCGCUGUACGACGCCUGCUGGUUCCACCGCCUCGUGCUGCUCCCGUCCCCUACUCCCGCCGAGGCGGCGGCGGGACCACCUCGGCCAGCUCUACCGUCACAGCAGCCGGCGCCGCCGCUGGAGCGCGAGGUGGCCGAUACGCACACGCCGCAUGCGCAUCAGCGGCCUUCGUCGACUUCGAGCCCCACGGCCGUUGGCGGGCUGCGGCACCGGCGGACGCGGAGCGACGAGGCCACGGCGGCCGCGUUCCAGGGCAUGGAGCCGCUGAGGCUCCCCGACAGCGGCGGCAACCGCGCGCGCCUCGAGACCAUACUCUCGGGCAAGGACGGGCUCGUCGUGGCCGCGCCGCAGCCGCAGCCGGAAAGGAGAGGCAGGCCCGCCGAGCUGGCGCGGCGCCCCGCGGCCGGGCUCGGGAGGCGGCGGCGGCGGCGCGGGCGGAGCAUGUCGGAGCUGGAGUUCGAGGAGGUCAAGGGCCUGCAGGACCUGGGCUUCACCUUCUCCGACGCCGAGGUGGACGCCGAGCUCGCUUCCAUCGUGCCGGGCCUGCUAAGGCGGAAGCGGUCCGAGGAGGAGAACAGCCGGAGCCGGGCCACGGCGUCGGCACCCGCGGCGGCGGCGACGACGACGUCUUCGGCCCGCCGGGCGGCGGAAGCUGUCAACGACGACGACGACGCGUCGGCCGCGCCGCCCAGGAGGCCGUACCUCUCGGAGGCGUGGGACGACGAGGAAGAAGAGGUCAGGAGGGCGCUGCGGAACUGGCGGAUCCCGCCGGCUGGGGACGGCAACCAGCUCAAGGAGCACCUCCGGAUGUGGGCGCACACCGUGGCCUCCGCCGUCCGGUGACAAAAUCCAAGUUUUUUCUUCUUCUUCUUUUUUAUUGUACGUAAUUGAUUGAUAAAGAAAACAACCACUGGAGAGGUUGCCACGUCGGCGUGACAAAAUCAAAGUGUAAAUAUUUUGGACACCUCUCUCUUCAAGAUUUGAGCUUAGUAUAACAAGUUUUGAGCAUGCAUGUAUGUAUAUAAUGGAAACACGAGAAUCUGAAUUCUUUUGAAGGAAGCAUAAACAUUA